AUGCAAGACAGUGGCCAUAUUCUCUUCGACAAUCUGGGAUGCGGCACGAAGCGCCGCCAAAUGCUGGAUGAACAGAUCAAAACCGGCGAGCGGUCAUUCCGUGAUGUGUCUGAGGAGAUGUGGGGAUCUCUACGAGUUCCCUUUGAAGACGGGUUUGAAGUUAUGGAAAAGGAACUCGAGAUCGAUCCUGGAUUCCAGGAGUUUCACGAGUUCUGCAUUGCCAACGGCAUCGAUUUCAAUGUGAUCAGCGCAGGACUGAAGCCCAUCUUGCGCAGAGUGCUGGAGACGUUUUUGGGAGAGCAGACAAUUGUUGCAAAUGACGCCGAUAUCAAAUCGGACGGAUCGGAAUGGAAACCGAUCUGGAGACAUGACACCGAGCUGGGCCAUGACAAGGCCCUUUCGGUCCAGGAAGGUCGCGCCGAGGCUGCCAAGUACUGCAUUGAUGGCCAAAUUCCCCUGAUCGUUUUCAUUGGCGACGGUGUGUCCGAUCUUCCUGCUGCCCGUGAAGCCGAUGUUCUCUUCGCGCGCAAGGGGCUUCGCCUCGAGGAGUAUUGCAAGGAAAACAACAUCUCGUACAUUCCAUUUGAGACAUUCACCGAUAUCAAGCAGAACAUGGAGUUGAUCAUGAAAGAAGACCAGGAAACGACCCAAGGCCAGGGAACUCCAGCUCGGUUCAACCCACGUGCCAACAUGUGGAGAAGGAUCUCCAGCCAGCAAUCCGUACGGCCAAAGCCUUGGAACACUCUUGUCACGUCCGCUAAUUAUCUGCAUCAGGUUCCUCAGUUUAUCGCCGCCACUCCUUCAAAGGAAGAGAAGAUGUUCCUCUGGCCGGAAAACUUUACGGAGUACCGCCCCAGGGGAAUUCCGGAGGACGUUCACGCUUAA